ACUUUCUUUCUCUCUCUAUAUCCUUUUCAAAUAUGCCUCUUCAAAACACAACCCCAAUUCCUUCUCUAACAAACUCUUUUCUCUUUCGAAACUAAGGGUUUUGUUUUCGUUUUUGUUGUCUUGGACGGAAAUUCUGAACUGGGUUUGAUUCAAUAUGUCGACCCAGAAUCGUCGUUCGUCUUUUUCCUCAUCAACUUCUUCUUCUCUGGCUAAAAGGCAUGCUUCUUCUUCUUCUUCGUCGUCGUUGUCGGUUGAGAAUGUGAGGAAGGUUACAGCUGUGGCCCAACAGUUGGCCAAGAAGCGAGCGCCUCUCACUAACUUGACUAAUCGAAAUAAUGUCCCUCAUUGCGCUUCGAAGACGAAUGUUCCUUCGUCCACUUUGGUACCAUUCGCAACUAAGAAAAAGGAACCUAGUAAUGUGGGGACCUCUGGGAAUAAGUUGCCCAAAUCCUCAACUGCCAAACCGAGUUUCAGUGUUCCUUCUAAGGUGGUUGUUACUUCUCUCCAAAGAAGUGAUGAAGCUCACCCUAGCAUUGUUGCUGUUCCAGCCCCAUGUAGUAUGGACAUGUCUCCAACUAAAUCAGACAGUCUUUCGGUAUCGAUGGAUGAAUCAAUGUCUACAUGUGAUUCUUUCAAGAGUCCAGAAGUCGAAUAUGUUGACAACGAUGAUGUUCGAGCAGUUGAUUCUAUUAACAGGAAGACAUUCAGCAAUCUCUACAUUUCAGAUCAUUCUGAGUCAACAGAAAACAUUUGUAAUAGAGAUGUACUCGUGGAGAUGGAAAUGGAUGAUACGAUUGUUGAUGUUGAUAAUAAUUUCAUGGAUCCGCAGUUCUGUGCAACUAUUGCUUGUGAUAUAUAUAAGCAUUUGCGCGCAUCUGAGAUGAAGAAAAGACCUUCCACAGAUUUUAUGGAGAAAGUUCAGAAAGAUGUGACUCCUAGCAUGAGGGCAAUUCUAAUAGAUUGGCUAGUGGAGGUGUCUGAAGAAUACAGGCUUGUACCUGAUACAUUGUAUUUGACAGUGAACUACAUAGAUAGGUAUCUUUCUGGGAAUCUCAUGAAUAGGCAACGGUUACAGUUGCUUGGCGUGGCCUGUAUGAUGAUUGCCUCAAAAUAUGAGGAGAUUUGUGCACCCCAAGUGGAAGAAUUUUGUUAUAUAACAGACAACACCUACUUCAAGGACGAGGUUUUGCAAAUGGAAUCUUCUGUUUUGAAUUUCUUGAAGUUUGAAAUGACAGCCCCAACAACUAAAUGUUUCUUAAGGAGAUUUGUUCGUGCUGCUCAAGGAAUUAAUGAGGUCCCAUUAAUGCAAUUCGAGUGCUUGGCUAACUACCUUGCAGAAUUAUCUCUUUUAGAAUAUAGUAUGCUCUGUUACGCUCCAUCAAUGAUAGCAGCAUCAGCAAUUUUCUUGGCCUAUUUUAUCAUCAUCCCAUCAAAGAGACCAUGGAACUCCACCUUGCAUCAUUACACACAAUACCAGCCAUCAGACUUGUGCAGCUGCAUCAAGGAACUUCAUCGCCUUUGUUCUAAUAACAACUGCUCAAGUUUACCCGCCAUUAGAGAGAAAUACAGUCAUCAUAAGUACAAAUAUGUAGCGAAGAAGUACGUCCCUCCUAUUAUACCUACAGAGUAUUUCCACGACCAAAGCCACUAGACAUUGAAAGGUUGAUAAUUCCAAUGCCCUGUUGGACGGACUUGUGGGGGUGAUUGGUGAAUCUGGUGGCAGCUGGUUCCUGAUUUUCCAUGCAAUGGAUGGAAUCAAAUUUUUUUUUUCUUUUUUUCCUUUUUAUAACUAAAUUGUAUAUUUUGGUUCUUUUUUUCUUUUCUUUAGCGUAGCGUAGCACCAAUAGUCUUUGUUUAGAGGCUAUUGGGUUUCUAGCUGAAUCGUUAGUGAUUUUCAGUGAAAUUUGUACCAAUAGUCUUUGUUCCUAUCCACCCACCCAACCCAUCCCCACCUUUAAUGAUAUGGUUCACAAUUGUGUUGCUGCAAGUAGAAAAUCCACUUUUAAUGAUAUUA